AUGCAUCCAACUACUUCUAUAGUCACUUUUGCCUUGCUAUUGUUCGGCAUUUCGAUAGCUCAAAAAUCAUUCCCCGUAGAUUUGAAUAGCACAUUCUCGGCCACAGGACCGCAUAAUGUACGAAUAGACACGGGGACGUACGGACCGCCAGUCGAGGAGGUACACUACUACUACGACCAAUGGCCUAUAGGCAUUGCCGUUUCCAAGACGGGCAGGAUCUUUGCCUGCUACACCCGAGGUACCUACGAUUAUACGCUUGGGGAAAUUGUAAACCUCACUGCCGAGGUGGCAUAUCCCAACCUGGAGCUCAACACGCCUCCGGAUGGCCUGUCGACCGAGUUCAACGGCAUCCCAUUCGGCAGUGCGGACCGGGACCACCUUAUCAGCGUGCAAGCCGUCUUUGUCACACCCGACGACACAUUGUGGGCACUGGACACGGGCCGGCCGACCAUCAACCAGACGACGAGCCCAGUAGUGCCAUACGGGCAACCAGGAGGCCCCAAGCUGGUGGCAUUCGACUUGAGCACCGACACGAUCAAGGCGACCUACACGCUUCCAGCCGACGUGCACUUCCCAGACUCGUACAUGAACGACCUGCGCUUCGAUAUGCGGUCCAACGUGACGGACUCGGGCAAGGGCAUUGCGUACGUUGUGGACAGCAGUGACGAGGGUCGCACGGGGUUCAUCAUGGUGGACCUCGGGACGGGCGAGAGCUGGCGCCAGCUCAGCCAGCAUCCCAGCACGCUCCGGACCCCCGAGGACGUCCCGAGCUAUCAGGGCUUGCCGUUUUAUUUCCGGUCCGAGGGCCAUCCGGUCAAUUUUCUCCAGGAGGGUCUCGAUGGUGAAGAGCUCAGCCUCUACGGUGAUAUUCUGUACUACUCGCCAUUGACAUCGGAUUACUUGUAUUCCAUAGAAACCAAGUAUCUACGCGUCAACCCCAGCAGUGAUCCUCUGUCGCUCAAGAAGGCCUUUGACAAUGUUAAGAACCUUGGACAGCGCGGUGGCAACGCAAACGGCUUUUCUGGCGACAGCCUGGGUAAUGUAUACAUGCUGAUGCCGGAGCACAAUGGCAUAUUCAUCUACAACUCUACUACGCAUCAAGCUAUGCCAUACGUUCGCGACCCGCGGAUCAUCUGGCCAGACAGCGCAAACGUGGGCUUUGAUGGCUAUAUUUACAUGAAUAUCAAUCAAUUACCUUAUCAACCCAACUGGAACAAUGGCGUCGACGGGAGACAGUAUCCUGGUUUGAUACUGAGGGCAAAGCUGCCCGAUGGGGCGUCCAAGAACACUCUGCUCAAGUAG